CGGCCUGUGACUGGCCUAUCCUACUGCGGGCAGGGGAGCACUGUGCGCUUUCCCCCCGACGGAAGUAGGCUGUGCGCGUCCCGCCUCACCAGAUACUGCUCUCCCGCGCUUCCCAGAAAUCGUCUGUGACCCAGCGGAAGUAGUUCCUCCCGCUGCCCCGGAACCCACCCGGGUAGGCAGCUGGGUGGGGGGGGUGGCCCUGGAUUAGGGGCUGUGGCGGUACGCGGGGACUCCGCUUCGGUGGCUCCAGGGCUGACGAAAAACUACUAAAGUUCCUGUGAAGCAAAGUAAAAGUUCCUAAGAACAGAAUGGAUGGAGAGGAGAAAACUUAUGGUGGCUGUGAAGGCCCUGAUGCCAUGUAUGUCAAAUUGAUAUCUUCUGAUGGUCACGAAUUUAUUGUAAAAAGAGAACAUGCACUAACAUCAGGAACAAUAAAAGCCAUGUUGAGUGGCCCAGGUCAGUUUGCUGAGAACGAAACCAAUGAGGUCAAUUUUAGAGAGAUUCCUUCACAUGUGCUAUCAAAAGUAUGCAUGUAUUUUACCUACAAGGUUCGCUAUACUAACAGCUCCACCGAGAUUCCUGAAUUCCCAAUUGCACCUGAAAUUGCACUGGAACUGCUGAUGGCUGCGAACUUCCUAGAUUGUUAAAUAAAAUAAAUUAUAAUAAACUGUUAACUUUUUUCAGUAUUUAAUACCUGUAGUUCAAUUAGUAAUUUUUUUCAUAUUUAGCAUGUUGCCUGUCUGCAGUUGAAAUAUAAAAGUUUAUUGCAAAGCAGAUUAUCUUCUGUUUCUUUGCAUAGCAAUCAGAGUCGAAUUUGUUUGCUACAUCAAGGACGUUUUCACAAACAGAAAUAAACAAGUAUGCCAAUUCGUAGGUGGUUUUGCCUUAUCCUUUGGAUGUAACUUUUAAAAUUAGAGCAGUGAUGACAGUAAAUACCGAAACUUAGGUAUAAAUGAACAUGUUCUACAGGUAAAUAAUGGGGCUAAGUAUUUUUAUGUUUCUAGUGUUUUUUUAAAACCUAUUCUGAACUUAUAGCCACCAUUAGCAUUACUAGAGUUAUGCAAAUAAUUGCAUUAUAAACAUGUUUAUAUUAAUAACUUAGCCAAAAUAUUGAUUUUUAUAACUCUCAGAGAAUAAGAGUUGAAAUUUCUUAUGUGUCUUUUGAUAAACUGCAGUAUUGUUUACGUAUAUCUUUUUGUUUAUUGCUACAACUUAAGAACUUUAUUUAAAAGCAAUUUUGGAAGGUUACCAGGUUAAGAUUUCAGAACAGUAAAUUUGAACUGUAGCCAUGUGGUCAAUAAGGAAACUACAUGGCUUAGGAGUUCUUGUGCAUUGUGCAUUUGGGGCAUUUCAAAGUACUGUACUUUCAUUGACUGUAAAGCUUCCUUUGCGAUUUUCAUUCUUCCUUCAUAGUCCCUUGUUGUGAUUAAACUUGUGAUUGUUUAAAUGUG